UUGGGCGAGUCCGAGACUUCUGAGCUCACUCCUCCCGGUCCUGGCUACCGGGCUUACCGUGCCUCCGACCCUGCACCCAUAGCUGCCUCAGGCGCCACCUCUGUGGGUCCUGUAGUGGUGCAUUGCAGUGCUGGUGUAGGUCGCACUGGCUGUUUCAUCGCUCUCUGCAUCGGUUGCGAGCAGCUGCGAACCGAGGACAAGGUGGAUGUGUUGGGUAUUGUCUCGCGUCUCCGUCUCGAUCGCGGAGGGAUGGUUGAGAACUCUGAGCAGUAUACCUUCCUUCAUGCCGCCCUUUGCAUGUACAACGCUAUCAGGAACGGUCGCGAGCUUCCAAUCCUGCCAGCAAUCACAAAUCUGCGCAACCAAUUUACUGGACCCCUUAGGUAG